AAGCCGAGUUUGAAGUUUGUUUCUAAUUCAUUGUACCUAUUACUUCUUACUGCAUAAAUUAUUAACAAUUUUUAACCAUGUCUGCCCGAUAUGAUAGAGCCAUCACAGUAUUUUCUCCUGAUGGACAUUUAUUACAAGUAGAAUAUGCUCAAGAAGCUGUCAGAAAGGGGUCAACAGCAGUUGGAGUUAGAGGAGUCGAUGUGGUAGUCUUAGGUGUUGAGAAAAAAUCGGUUGCUAAAUUGCAAGAAGAACGAACUGUGAGGAAAAUAUGUCUUUUGGAUGAUCACGUCGUAAUGGCAUUUGCCGGAUUGACAGCAGACGCUCGUAUAUUAAUAAACCGUGCACAAAUCGAAUGUCAAUCACACAAGUUAACAGUCGAGGAUCCAGUAACAUUGGAGUAUAUUACAAGAUACAUAGCAGGUCUCAAACAGAAAUAUACUCAGAGCAAUGGUCGUCGACCAUUUGGUAUUUCGUGUUUGAUAGGAGGAUUCGACUAUGAUGGUUCACCACACUUGUUCCAAACUGAACCUUCUGGUAUAUAUUAUGAAUGGAAAGCUAAUGCAACUGGUAGAUCUGCAAAGACAGUACGAGAGUUUCUAGAGAAAAAUUACACCGCUGAUGAAGUUGCUACAGAGAAUGGAGCUGUCAAGUUGGCUAUCAGAGCACUCUUGGAAGUAGUACAGUCUGGCCAAAAGAACCUAGAAAUUGCUGUAAUGAGAAGAGGUCAACCAAUGCAGAUGCUUGACUUAGACACUAUAAACUCCUAUGUAUCUGUCAUUGAAAAAGAGAAAGAAGAGGAAGCAGAGAAGAAGAAACAGAAGAAGUAAUUUAAAAAUUGUAACUUUUUUAUUAAAAUAAAUGGCAUAAGGAAUUCUUAAUAUUUGAAUUUUCCUUAAGAAUUCAACAAGUCUAUAGUUUUUGAAAUCUGACAAUAAAUAUCUUUUAGUUCUGAACUGCAUUCUUGACUGGAGCCUUUGUUAACUAUAAAAUCAUUUAGCAUCUGGUCCCAUUCUCCAUUGUAAUGACUCUGUUGAUUACUCUGAAAAUGAAAAAUUAUUUUUUAUAAUUAUUGAUUACAUAAACAGCAUGUUACCGUCAUAAA